AUGGAUCAAGACUUAUAUAUAUAUCCAGGUAUUACUAAAAAUCUAACCAAAACUAUGUGUGGAAAACUAAAGAGAUUCAUUAAAAAACAAUUUAAAGAUCAAUCCUUUUUAUAAGACGAUCCAAAAGUCAAGGAAUUUUUAGAUACUUCUCAAUAUGAUUAUAAAGUGCUCAAUUUAACCUCAUUGAAAUAAAGUACAAUUGGAAAAGAAAUUGUUAACUUUUUUUUUGGCAAUCUCAUUUGGUGUUAGGACAUUAAUGAACUCAAUAAAUUAGACAUCAACUACUAUUUUCAAUUCAAUCAUGUUUGGUAUGAUUAAACAGAAGAGGACUCAAAAGAAAAAAAAGAUAAAUAAGACUUCUUAGAGAAGUAGGAGAAACAAGAGAAAUAUGAAAAAUAAGAAAAAUUAGAAAAGCUAGAAAAACUAGAGAAUGCUUCUGAUCAAGAUGUUAAGGUAAAGAAAGUUAAAAUUGAUUGA